AUGCUCUGUCUUUUCUACAUCUCUAGGGCUGGUAAACGUCCCCGCUUACACCUGUUCCCCCCUGGACCGCGAUCUCUUCCACUGCUGGGAAAUGUCCACCAAUUACCCAAGAACUUCCAGUACCGUCUAUUUGCGAAGUGGGGUCAGACAUACGGCGAUAUCAUCUUCAUGAAGGUUCUGCAACAACCCACUCUAGUCAUCAAUUCUCUGCACGCCGCAAAGGAGCUACUGGCGGUGCGGGGGGCGAAAUACUCGGACAGGUCUUCAUCCCGUUUAAUGGCGAUGAUGGGACUUGACACUACGACUCCUUUCCUCGGUUAUGGAGAACAGUGGCGCUUACAACGAAGACUGUUGCAGGCAGGCUUUGGCGACCAAGCUGCGUUGGCUCGUCUUCGUCCCGUCCAGCAGAGGGAGACAAUGGCACUGCUGCUACGUCUGUCGCAAGAGCCGGAUGCCUUUGCAUACCAUAUCAAACGCUUCGCGGCUGCGUUGAUCAUGGGUUCCACUUACGGAAAACCCUAUGAUGAGGACCUCCUCAGCUCGGGCGAGGCUAUCAUACAGAUGUUUGUUGAUGUAGCAGGCACGCCCGCCGCAGCUUUGGUGGAUACUGUUCCGUUCUCGAAGUAUGUACCCUCAUGGAUAUUUGGUAUCCUCUUGGGAUCGGGGCUCUUGGAGAAACGAUCAUUAUUGCAGCGCGUGAUGAAUUCAUCUUUUGAAGAUGCCAAGGUAGAAUUGGAAACAGGAACGCAUUCGUUCGUUACACAUGUAAUGGACGCGAGUGCGUCGAAGUUACAGCAGCGGGGCGAUGACGAAGAUACAAAAAAUGCUGCCUUCGCAAUGUUCCUUGGUAAGAUCCUGAACCAGCUAUCAAUCACCCUCAACACAUUCCUCGUCACCAUGGUCCUUCAUGGGGACGUGUUCGCGAAGGCACAGCAAAGCAUCGACGAGGUUGUAGGCACUGAGCGUCUUCCUGAUCUCAGCGACAGAGAUUCGCUGCCAUAUGUGGACGCAAUUCUCUGGGAAGUCUACCGUAUCAACCCGCCGUUGCCCAUUAGCAUUCCACGACGUGUGAUGGAAGAGGAUGAAUAUCGUGGGUAUCGCAUCCCGAAGGGAACAUUAGUGCUCCCUAAUAUCUGGUUCGUAGCGCAAAUGGCUCACGACGCCAAUCACUACACGGAUCCCGAUACUUUCAACCCAGACAGAUUUAUAGAUCCGGCGACCGGAAAACAUACAGGGCUGGAUCCUCGGGAGUACAUCUUCUCAUUCGGACGACGUGUAUGUCCUGGCCAACACUUCGGUGACGACAGCCUGUGGCUGGUGACAGCGAGUAUCAUCGCCACGUUCAACGUGAAGAAGGCGCUGGACGCGGAGGGCAGAGAGAUAACGCCUUCUUUGACCAACUUGCCGGGCAUGACCGGUCAUCUGCAGAAGUUUGAGUGUGCGAUUCAACCUCGUUCACAACGGGCUCUUGAGUUGAUCGCGGAGAGUUCAAUGAGGUUGCAUUAG